CCUUCCCUGACUGGUCUCGGGUCCAUAGUCAAUCUGCGCCGGGAGGGAACCCAUCGGCGCCCUCACACACGACCUUGAACCUCUGAAGUACACACGAGACACACACAUACGCGCACGCACGCACGCGAACAUGCACUACACUCGGCCUGCAGGCUUAACUUCGCAACCCAGAAUUUAACUGCGAAGCAUCCAGUGAUCCACUCGCGGAGCCUGUCGCCCUCCGCAAUUCAAGAGCCCGGCGGCCCAGAAGUCUUGUCGAAGCUUCUCGCAGCGGACCAACGAGCUUGCCCGUCUCACCAGACCUUCCCCUUCCCGCUUCCUCGCUUGGCUUGGAAACCCUCCCGUUUGCCGCCCGAUCUCCUUUCUCUUAGUCUUCCCUGAGAGGGUCUACGCACUUGGUUCGUUGUUUUUCCUUUUCCUGCCGCGACUUCCUGACCGCCCUUCGAAAUAAAGAAAAGGGCUUACGCAGCGCCGCGCUUUCUCAGGUUGCCCCUCGAUCUUUCUCGGCCUCUGCCGUCUCAUCCGUCCUCCCCGUCUCUACACCACUCAACUCACACAUCCCCGUCCGCCCUACCAAGUCAUCAACCUUGCUCGAUUGUAGCCCCAUCAACAAGAAAGGGUCACCAUGUCUUUCUUCAAGAAGCUCACCAAGGAGUUCGAGGAACUCAAAACCUCCUUCUCCGACGACAAGCCUGCCGAGAAGAAGGAAGAGAAGAAGGACGACCAGCAGCAGCACACCGGCGAACGCAACUUCGGUGAUCACUCGCAGCAGCAGCAACAGUACGGAGGAUACGGCAGCGGCGCUCCCCCCUCCAACUACCCCUACCCCUCGCAGGCACAGCCUCAAUCCGGCCCGGACCACGGUUACGGCAGCCAGCCCAGCUACGCCCAGACUCCGCCUCCGGCUCCCCAGUCCGCCGCGCCCCCAAUGGCCGCUCCUCCCGUCUCAAGCGGCUGGCUCGUCCAGUGGGACACCACCAACAACCGCUGGUUCUACGUCGACCAGAGCACCGGCCGUUCCCAGUGGGAGCACCCGUCCCCUCCCACCGGCCCCCAGGGCGGAUCCUCCUACGCCCCGCCUCCCGUCCCUCCCCACCCUUCCUCCGACACUAGAGCGUUCGGAGGUGACCAGGGCCACGGCUACGGCUCUCCCGCUCCUUCUUACGGCGGUGCUGCCCCCUACGGCGCCCCGUCCUACGGCGGCUCCCCCGCUCCUUACGGCCAGGCUCCCUAUGGAGGCGCCCCCUCUCCCUACGGUCAGCCUCCUUACGGCCAGGCUCCUUACGGCCAGGACCCUUACGCCCAGCAGGGUGGCAAUAACCCCUACGGCGACAAGGACAAGGAAAAGAAGAGCAACAGCAGCGGCAUGCUUCUCGGCGCCGCCGGUGGACUCGCCGUCGGUGCUGUUGGUGGCGCUUUGAUCGCGAACGCUCUUAACGACUCGGAUGACGAGAGCAAGGCCGCCGCUGCUGCCGCUCCUGCCGCGCAGCCUCAAUACGGAGGCUACCAGGACCCCUACGCGGACUCUAGCGCUCCUCCCGCUGUUCUCCCGCCCACUGACGCCGAUGGCGAGUCUGUGUCUUCCAGCGACCGCGAGGACGUCCAGGACGCCCGCGCCGAGUAUGAGGAGGCUUUGGCCGACGCUGCAGACUCAGAUGCCAGCAGCAGCGACCACGAGCGUCUCGAGGAGGCCAGAGAGGAGUACGAGGAAACAUACGAGGAAGUUUACGGCGAUGACGACUAGACCGGCUUCGAGAUCGAGUAGGCGUGCGGCGAGAAAGACGUCUUAGACUUCAAAACUCGUAGCGACGACUACAUGAUGAAGAUAUGAUGGCUCAGCAUUGCGUGGCAGUUGGUAUGGCAUCAAAGGAUGCUUCGGCUUGGUCGUUUAGGGACAAUCGUUACCUUAUCUCAUUACUUCGGCUCUCCAGAGCCCCUGAAUUUCAGAACGCAAGACGCUUUAUUGGUCUUGGCUUAGUUCGUUUUACCCAGCAUCACAUUGAUCGAGUGAAACAUGCUUCGGCACCUGGGAUCAUGGAUGGUAAAGACAGCCAUGAUUCGGAGAAAAGCACUUACGCUACAGCUACGAUUAUGUCCCUCCUCCCUCUCCUAUCGUCCCGAUGAUACCAUCUAUUUAAUACAUCCCACAAAUCGAUCGGAGCCCGCUGCAAGGUAGGGAUAGAAAGCUAAUAGUAGAAUUCGUUAUUGGAACCCCCCCCCCCCCCCCCCGGGGUCCCUUUUUCCUGUAAUACAAAAUGUGUCUCGGUCAUCUCUUGAGGUCGUUGACCGUCGUCUGCGUUCGAGACACGCGAUAUCGGCCACUGGGGGUGGGUGUUGACGGGAGGUGCCCGGGGCUUUACAUAAGGGAAGGGUGUUUAAUCCCUUCGAUUGGCUGUCCGUCUCCUCGGAGGGUUCGCCGACGGUAUUUCUUCUUCCCAAGAGACAAGGCUCUUCCUGCUCCCCGGGAUUUGCGGUCAUGUAUGUACGAGCUCACUGGGGAAGCUGGUCCACAUGGGGUGAGAUGAUUGAAGGUGAUCGAUCAUCUUUGGAUGGGGUGUGUGGAGGAUGGGUGAGGUUAGGAAUAAGGAAUCAUGGCGAUGGAAGUUAUGACAUGGAGAUCCUACGCGUCCAUUUGGGGUGAGAGUGCUGAGGCUGUUUGAGUUGGCGAGACAAUCCGCUUUCAGUCUUUCACACUCGCCCGUUUUUUGUUUGUUUUUUGGGCAAUCUCUCACUCACACUCACACGCUCAGACCACCUCAGCUCCGAAAGGGCAGGGUUUCGCGGGCCGACGCCCAGGGAUCACCCCUCCGAUUCAGGUACAUCAGCGAGCCGAUAGGCUGGCUCUUCGCCCCCAAGUGCGCACCCCCCUCAAGUAUUCCAUACCCAUCUUCCCCACACUGUCUCAGCGCGCUUUCCCAGCCAUCGACUAACGGCAUCAAGCAACCACCCCCCCUUCUCCUCCUCCCCAGCCAUCCCUUGCGUCCCGCGAUGAUCCUGUACGGUGCUCUUUUCGGGAGUCUCGACUGAGAUGAUGGUUUGCCUACGUAGUCUCUCGCCUUUUCACACCUUGGAUCCGUCCCUUUCCCCGUGGUCAAAGGCUACAGAUGGGAAGGACGACGAGACGCGUUGGUUCGUUUCGAAGAAGGGGGGGAUAGCAGCGCUGAGAAAGACUGGUGGUUGCGCCUGAGGUCAAGUUGACGAGGGAGGCUUGGGGGAAAGCCCCUCCCCUAUCUUCUGCCCUGCCUUUCGCCUAGAUGUGAACGCAUAUGGUAUGGAGACAGAAUCGACGGGAUCGUACCCGUGGCGGCGUUCCCCAACCAUGCCCAGCCUCCUCUUCUCCUCCCCAUUUG